GUAUACACGAUGGAAAACACGCUGUCUAGCUACGGAUUAUUUGUGGAUACAUGGGACAGUAUAUAUCAGCUAUCUGGCAAAAGCGAUGUCAUAAUAUUUUGCUUAGGGUCAUGGUUGGCGGCUUUUGUAACAUAUUGGGUCGUUAGUAUACCACUACUGUGUAUGGAUUUGACGCACAGACCUAGAUUCAUUUACCAGUAUAAAAUGCAGAUGGAUAAACCGAUCGAAGUUGCUAAACUCAAGAAGUUAUUCAAGGUGGUACUUCUCAACCAACUGUUUUACGCCCCUCUGAUGAUGUGGAUGUACUACGUGAGCGCCAUGUGGCGUGGGUGCAGUAUCAGCAGUAGUGACUUGCCCAGCGGCGAAAGAAUACUUUAUGAUUUACUCGGUUGUCUGAUCUUUGCUGAAGUCACAUUUUACUACUCACACAGAUUCAUCGCCAACUAUGGAUCUACUGGAAUACUGGAUCGGUUACAUGGCACUGACGCCAUGUUUAGAGACAGUAUCGCCUUCAAGCGACACAAGAUACUGCUUGGAACAACCCCAAUGUCUAAGACAUACCCCGAUACUAAAACCUUUGCAGUAGACAAAUACAACUUUAAUAUCUUUAAGAAAUGA